AUGGACUUUCUUAACGAUUUAAGUGCUACUCCAUACCUAGCGAUGGCCAACUCACUCAUGCUGUUGGCCACUCCUGUGGUUUCACCGGCAGUUUCGUCACCAAUCGGAGUUGGCCAGUCCGGCUCUUCUCUAACACGAUUCUGGUCCCGUCCCAAAUUCGUGGGACCUUCUACCAAGACUGCGCUGUUAUUCGGAGGCGCACAAGCUCUGGGCUCAUGGAUAAUCUACGACGGGGACUUAGAGAGCGGUUCAGGUUUCCUAGGUGCCUGGUCCGCGCUGUACUUAAUUGUUGGUGGUCGUGGCUCGGUCAAAGCCCUCAGAUAUGGCAGAGUGUGGCCUUUGGCGCUUUCUACUUUGGCGCUUGCCAAUACUGCGUUUUAUACCAAGAGAUUUGUAUCCGGUGGGUUUAAGUAG